UAAGCAACAGCAACCAUGGCCAUACACAAAUCUCUCCCUUUUAAUUUUCUACUCAUUUUGUUAGCCUUUCUUUCUUUCCAAGCAAUAUCACCAUCAUCCACACUCUCAGAAGUAGAGGCUCUCAUGAAAUGGAAAGCCAGCCUCUUGGCAGCAGAAGCUCUCCAUUCAUGGUCUCUUCCUUCUGCUAAUUCUACCACCAACAUAAUCUCUCCAUGCAACUGGACUGGGAUCUCAUGCAACAUCCUUAGAAGUGUAACAGGGAUAAGCCUACCGAGUCUGGGUUUGGAAGGUACGCUCGAUAACUUGAGUUUCCCGUCAUUUCCAAACCUCCUUCAUCUUGAUCUUAGUGACAACACCCUUACCGGAACCAUUCCAGCCCAUCUUGACACUCUUUACAAACUCACGUCCCUGAAUCUGUCUGCAAAUGAAAUAAGUGGAUCAAUACCUCUGGAAAUAGGGAAUCUUGUGAAUUUAAAUGAGCUUGACUUGUCCAUUAACCAUCUAGAUGGUUCCAUCCCUUCCACCUUAAGAAAUCUGAAAAAGCUUUCCAUCUUGUACCUGGACCAAAAUCGAAUCUCUGGCUCCAUUCCUUCACAAAUCGGGAAUCUACAAGCUCUGGUUGAGUUGACAUUGUUCCAAAAUAAUCUGACUGGUUCUAUCCCUUCCACUUUAGGGAACUUGACCAAGCUGUCUAUUUUGUACCUUUCUGACUGUCAAUUAUCUGGUUCCUUGCCUCAAGAAAUGACAAACAUGACAGAUCUUUCUCGGCUCUACUUGGAUGGCAACAACUUCUCUGGCCAUUUACCUCAGUUAUGCCACGGUGGAUCUCUUGAAGCCUUCACUGCUUUCGACAACCAUUUCACCGGUGAGAUCCCAAGAACCUUCAGAAACUGCACUAACUUAAGGAGAGUGCGACUCAAUGGAAACCGACUAGCUGCAAAUGUAUCGGAAGCCUUUGGUGUAUACCCUCACCUCAUAUUCAUGGAAGUCAGUGACAACAUGUUGUUUGGUGAACUCUCACCACAUUGGGGAGAAUGCCAAAACUUAACAAAGUUACAACUCUCCGGGAACAAUAUCACUGGUAGAAUUCCUCCUCAGUUUGGGCAGUUGGGGCAGCUAAGAGUGCUUGAUCUUUCUUCAAACCAUUUAGUAGGAGAGAUUCCAAAGGCAUUUGGGAGGCUGGCUUCUUUGUUCAACUUGACUUUAAAUGAUAACCAGCUUUCUGGUCAGUUACCACAAGAGGUUGGAAACCUAUCCAAUUUGGAGAUUCUGGAUCUGUCAAUGAAUCGCCUAAGUGGUCCAAUACCACCUCAAUUAGAGAAUUGCUCCAAACUCCGUUUUCUGAAAUUGAGUGAAAAUGUUUUGAAUGGAAGCAUUCCUUUUCAGAUUGGUAACCUAGUAUACUUACAGAGCUUACUAGAUCUAAGUCAUAACUCCCUCAAUGGAAAGAUACCUCCACAACUCGCGAAAUUGGUUAGUCUGGAAAAUUUAAACCUCUCUCACAACAUGUUGUCAGGUUCCAUUCCGACUUCUUUUGAUGGGUUGGUCAGCUUACAAUCCAUUGAUUUUUCAUACAAUGUUUUGGAGGGUCCUCUUCCUAACAUCAAAGCUUUUAAGAAGGCUCCGGCAGAUGCAUUCAUAAAAAACAAAGGCUUAUGUGGUGAAGUGCAAAGUUUGCGACCUUGCAAUACCUCUUCAAUAAGUCAUGGUGAUGCGAGGAAACGCCACAAAGUUGUGAUCCUCAUUAUUCUUCUCUUCUCAGUAUGUAUUCUUUUACUUGCAAUCGUCGUCAUAAUUUCUUCCAUUUAUUAUCAAAGAAGAAGAAGAAUAGAGAAGGAGGUUCUUGAAAGGAGUAGAGGAAAUACAUUUUUAACAUGGAAUUAUGAUGGGAUUUCUACGUUUGAAGACAUUAUGGAGGCAACAGAGGGUUUUGAAGAUAAAUACUGCAUUGGAACUGGAGGGUAUGGGAAAGUUUACAAAGCAAAUCUACCAACAGGCCAGGUAGUAGCUGUGAAGAAACUCCAUCUACCCGAAGGUGGGAAUCAAUCUGAUCAAAGAAGUUUUACGAAUGAGAUAAAAGCAUUAACGGAAAUCCGUCAUCGCAACAUUGUGAAACUUUAUGGCUUUUGUUCCCAUGCUCAAUUCUCAUUUCUAAUCUACGAGUACAUGGAAAGGGGAAGCUUGGCAAGCAUCCUAAGCAACGAUGAAGGAGCUGCACAGUUGGAUUGGACUGUAAGAGUGAAAAUUAUUAAAGGUGUGGCCCAUGCUUUAUCUUACAUGCAUCAUGAUUGUACCCUGCCGAUUGUCCAUCGAGACCUAUCAAGCAACAAUAUUCUGUUGAAUUCAGAACUUGAGGCUAGUGUCUCUGACUUUGGAACUGCACGAUUGUUGAUACCUGAUUCCUCAAAUUGGACUACACUCGCAGGAACGUACGGAUACAUCGCUCCAGAGCUUGCAUAUACAAUGAGGGUGACUGAAAAAUGCGAUGUAUAUAGCUUUGGUGUUGUGGCACUUGAAGUGAUGAUGGGAAGUCAUCCUGGGGAGCUCUUCUCCUCUUUGUCAUCAUCAAGUAGACAAGAUACACUGCUAAAAGAUAUGUUGGACCAACGUCUCUCAGAUCCGAUGGCUGAUGUUGCACAGGAAGUCUUAUUUGUGGUAUCCAUGGCUCUUGCAUGCAUUCGGCCAGAUCCAGACUCUCGGCCAACCAUGCGACAUGUGGCUCAGGAGCUUUCUAUUAGAGGGCCUUCUUUCUCUCUACAGCCAUUCCAUGCAGUCACAUUACGUCAACUGAUGAAUCUGAAGGUAUAG